GUUUGGAAGGUGCUGGAAGAUUCUCUAAAAAGAAAGGCCGUUUCCGAUUUGUGCAUCGUCUUUAACUUUGGAAAUUUCUCAGAGAACCUUGCUACUGGAGUCUACCAAGCCGAGAAUCAUUCUGGUCAUUUCCGUGAUUAUUUUGAUGCCGAAAAGAGUCGUUAUGCGGAUAAAG